CCCCACAUGGUGGGGCUACUUCAGCUCCAGCUUAUAUAUUAAACCAUUGUAUCAAAGGCAAGCCAUGUUCUGUGAAGAAAUGUAACCUGAAGAGAAAGGACACCUGUGCCUCUGAGAACACUGAGGGAUUCCUGCAUGGCCUGUCACUCUUUGCUCAGGGACUCUUAUGCCAUAGCCUGAGGAGCAGGUCUUUCUGGUUUUCGCUGAGCUGGGGGAAGCUGGAGCAGGGGUGGGAUCAUCAGUAUUUAUCCACAAACAUCUCAGCAAUCGUCCUUUCUUCUCUUUUAAAUUCUUCUGGAUGUAACAUGGAGAAAGAGCGUCCAUGAGGCUCCUCGCAGUCUGAGCUCAACCAAGUCAAGCUGAUUUGGGAAGAUAAGCUUGCUGUGGUUCUCUGGAAGGGAGGAGGAGAAGAGGAAACUAAAGGACUGUGGCUUCGUUGCUAGGUUGGGGAGCAGUGUCUUCAAACUGUGGAGCAAGUAGCUGGGCAUGCGAUGUGUGUGAGCUCCUGGCUUUUUUUCAUGCUCUGCCUCUUGAAUAUGGGUUAACGGCCUUUGACCAUGGUGGUCACCCAGCUACAACUGGAGCUGUGCUUCCAUGGGAAGAAACUGAGAGGUUUCACCUGCAAGCUGACCAGGUCGGCUAAUGGAUUUCUCCCAGAGACGUCCUUCUCCAUUGCCUCCCAGAUCUUCGUGCCAUUCCUCUUGGCUGGUUUGGGCAUGGUGGCUGCUGGCCUGGUGAUGGAUCUUGUUCAACACUGGGAUGUGUUUCGGACAAUUACAGAAGUUUUUAUCCUGGUUCCUGCCCUGGUUGGCUUGAAGGGUAACCUUGAAAUGACCCUGGCAUCCAGACUCUCUACGGCUGCUAACACUGGACAGAUGGAUGAUACCCAGGAACAGUGGAAAAUGGCCACCUGCAAUUUAGCCCUGAUUCAGGUACAGGCCACUGUAGUGGGGCUGCUGGCUGCCAUAGCUGCUGUCAUCCUGGGAGCGAUCUCAAAGGGGCACGUGGAGCUGAAUCAGGCCGCAGUGCUCUGUGCGAGCAGCGUGACAACAGCAUUCAUAGCUGCACUGUCCCUAGGUCUGGUGAUGAUCGGCGUGAUCAUUGGUGCGAGGAAGGUGGGGAUAAAUCCAGACAACGUCGCCACUCCCAUAGCAGCAAGCCUUGGAGAUUUGAUAACCCUUUCUCUGCUAGCAGGAAUCAGCAGCACCCUCUUUAAAUACAUAGAUGUGAAAUACCUUUCGCCUCUGAUCUGCGCUGUGUUUGUUAUCAUGAUUCCUCUUUGGGUUGCUAUUGCCAAGCAAAGUCCGUCUAUUGCUGAAGUCCUGAAGUCUGGAUGGCAGCCGGUGAUUGUUGCAAUGAGCAUCAGCAGCAUUGGUGGGCUGAUCUUGGACAAAACUGUAACUGACCCGAACUUCGAAGGCAUGGCGGUUUUUACACCCGUGAUUAAUGGUGUUGGUGGGAAUCUGGUAGCCAUCCAAGCCAGCCGCAUCUCCACUUUCCUGCACUUCUGGAGCACGCCUGGAGUCCUGCCCUACAAGAUGAGGCAGAACUGGCCUAAUCCAUGCACUACGUUCUUCACGUCAGGGGUGAAUUCCAAGUCAGCCCGCGUCCUGUUCCUGCUUGUUAUCCCCGGACACCUGGUGUUCCUGUAUACCAUUCGCCUCCUGCAGGGCGGGCACACAGCCAUCACCUUCACUUUUGUGAUGUUUUAUCUGACUGCUGCUUUGCUGCAGGUGGGAAUCCUGCUCUACAUGGCUGAUCUAAUUGUGCGACUGGUGUGGAGGAAGGCCCUGGAUCCAGACAACUUCUCCAUCCCCUACCUCACUGCCCUGGGCGACCUCCUAGGCACGGGAUUCCUGGCACUUUGCUUCCGCUUGGUUUGGCUCGUCAAUGGGACUGAGAUGAAACUGGGAAACUAACAGGACAUCUGCUGCAGCAUUGGCCCAUUGCUGCUCCACCAAGCAAGUCUUUCAGUAUGGUGCUUUAACAUGGUCCAACAAGAUCGUUAGAGACUACAUCUCAGACUAAGUCUUUAAACUGAACGGGUCUGCUAUCCUUGCCCACCCCUAUUGACCACUUCAGUGCCUUACAGCUGUCGAAUUCAGAUCAAAAGAAGCAGAACCUGUCUGGACUUAUCCAGCUUUGAAAGCGACCUAGCCAUCUUAAAACCGUAUACUCUGUCCGUGUGUGCAUCUAGAAAACCAGGGGUUAAGGAACACAGGUCAUAUCUUGGGAAAUCUGCAUUUUGAUUGGCUUAAAAAUGUAUGACUGUAACCACCUGGUAAGUAGGAGACUAAUGCACACCCCAUUGAAGUCAGUGGGAGUCUUUCCUUUGUCUUCAGUUAGUCUUUGGAUCAGAUCCUAGAUGAGGAUGUUGCAAUGUCUCUGAUCAGCAGUUAGAGCCCAAGUAAUAUUUUCUUGCCCCCUCCCUCCCCACCACAUCCCCGGCGGGGGAGAAUCAAUAAGGACCUUAAAAUUCUCUCUCCAUAAUUUCUGUAUUCAGGGUCUCAAAGAGCAUGUUCCCCAUUGGAUUGCAACUCACUGAAAAAUCAUCCAGGGCAGGGCCUGCCUAAACAAACAUCUCUAACUGACAAGGUGGAUUAUUCUUUGUUUGACAGUUUAAGGAACAUCUGUUCAGUAGUUUUUAUGGUGUAUCGAAACACACAAAUAAAAUUUAAACCAUUUCAUA